UCUUCAGCACCACUAAUGAAACUCCAUUGAAGGCCCACCACACCCUCUCGAGUCCUAGAAGAACUCCCUGCGAAUAAGUUACUGCAAUAAAAAAUACGUGUCGCUUGUCAUCAUCCGGAUCAAUAAAAAUUCGUACUAUCAUCUCGCCAAGGGGAAAUUUUUCAAGACAGAGAUUAGACAUCUUCGUCUGCUCGGAACUAUUUCCGAAACUCCGAGGACGUUUGCCAUAGCAACCUCCACAGCUCGUACGUACCUUACCUAGUAUCUAAGGCGACACAAAUUCGACUGUUUUCCUCUCCUUCCCUCCAGUUGUCGUAUCCUCCACAAGCGUCUCCACGACCCUAGCCCUAUUGUCUACCGACCAUCACUACAGCCUUCGCCAUCGCAAUGGCUCACGAAACGAGCGCGCACCAAUCGCCCGUAAGCGACUCUGAAGAUAUUACCAUAUCUAAUAGCAGCUUCGUCGCUUCAAAUGAGAAGACCGAGGUCGCAGACGAAAGAAAUGGGAAUGUCCAGCCGAGCGAGCUCGAGAAUGCCGAACCGAAAGAACCCCCUCGGACCGGCCCGCCGCCACCGCCCAACGGAGGCUUCAUCGCAUGGCUCCAUGUAGUCGGCGGCUUCAUGCUUUUUUUCAAUACCUGGGGCAUUCUAAAUGCCUUCGGGGUCUUCCAAACCUACUACGAAUCCGGCCAACUCUUCGAAAGGUCUUCAUCCGACAUCUCAUGGAUCGGAUCGAUUCAGUCGUUUAUGGUGCUGCUCGGCGGUGUCUUCGCCGGUCCCAUCUACGAUAGAGGUUACCUUACACAUCUGCUUAUCGUCGGUAGCUUUGGUAUCGUGUUCGGACACAUGAUGCUGAGUCUUUGCAAGCAAUAUUGGGAGGUCGUCCUUGCCCAAGGUCUUUGCGUCGGAUUAGGAGCGGGCAUGUUGUUCGUGCCUUGCGUGUCCCUUAUCCCUCAAUAUUUCAGCACAAAGCUCGGCCUUGCUGUUGGUCUAGCAUCUUCGGGUUCUUCUGUUGGCGGUAUCAUCUACCCCAUCGUCCUAUACCAGCUCGUCGAUAGAAUUGGGUUCGCAUGGUCAGUCCGUGUCAUGGGUUUCAUCGCUCUCGGAACACUACUUAUCCCAAUCUCGAUCAUGAGAAUGCGAUUCAAAGCUCCUAAGGCCAGAUCAAUGGUCGACUGGACUGCAUUCCGCGAUAUCCCAUACAUGGCUUUCACGCUAAGUACAUUCAUCGGCUUCAUGGGACUCAGCAUUCUCAUUUUCUACAUCUCAUACUAUCCCCAAGAGCAAGGGCUUACCGACGAGGCACUCUCCUUCUACAUGGUCCCUAUCUUCAACGCCGCUUCUUGCUUCGGCCGAGUCGUUCCCAACGCCGUAUCGGAUAAAGUUGGCCCAUUCAACGUCAUCGCGCCGUGUUCGGUUAUCACUGGUAUCCUGAUGCUCUGCAUGAUGGCGGCUCACACUAGGGGUGCGGUGAUCGCCAUUGCGGUCCUUGCUGGUUUCUUCAGUGGCGUGUUCAUUGCCAUGCCCCCUGUCUGCUUUUUCCCUUUGACCAAGGAUAAGUCAAAGCUAGGGACCAGAGUAGGUAUGGGCUUUGGUAUUAUUGCCUUGGGUCUGCUAGUCGGCAGUCCAGUGGCUGGUGCUAUCCUCGGCGAGACCAAGCCAUUAGACUGGCGAGGCUUAUGGGGGUUUGGUGGAGCUACCGCUACCUUAGCUGGAUUGCUGUACGGUGCCUUGAGAGUCUAUCGCUCUGGGUUCAAGCUCAAUAUCAAGGCGUAAACCAUCUUCUCCUC